GGGCGACCGAUUCGAAAUUAUGCCUUGUUCUUCGACUGAUUGAAGUCGAACUAACUGACGUGGAUCCUAGCUGUUUCUCAAACCAUCCCGACUCGCCACUUCCAAUCACAUCUCGCCAUGUCAGCAUCCCCCUCGCGAACAGCAUGUGCGCGGCGGGCUGGUUCGGUCAAUUAUGCCCCUCCCAGUGGGCCCCACUUCCCCCGCCCUCAACACUAUAUAAAACCCUCAACACAUUUAUUUAUCUUCACCCAAAAGAACUCUCUCAUUUCUCAUUAAUCAGAGUGAUUAAUCGUUAAUCACUUCCAAUCCCCUCAUUACCAACCUUAAUUAUAAGAUGCCUGGCGCAAGGGUUAGAGUCCCGAUUCGGCAGCACGGCUUCAUGUACAACAGCAGCCUCGAAUCGGCGGCGGCCCAGUCUUCGUCGGCGGGGAGCCCAGCGAUCUCCGAUGUGGAUGAUCCUCUGUUCGGGUUCCUCGACGGCGGGAAUUACAACAACAGUAGUUACGAGGGAUCGUCGCCGGAGAGCGGAUACCGGGAGAAUCACGACGAAGACGAGGCGACCGAUCCGGCGGAAGAUGAGGAAGAGAUCAGGAGGUUUUGGGAGAACCAACACCAACUACUACAGGCGACGUUGUGUAGAACGAGCUCGCUGGAAACAGGGAUUCGGAACUUGACGAAGGAAGCGGUGAAGGAAAUUGAGAUGGCCGGAACGAUCUGCGGCUGCGGCAGGGUCAUGGUCGGCGGCUGCCGGAGUUGCUUGAUGGCCGAUGUCGCCGGCAGGCUAAGGAACGCCGGUUACAACAGCGGCAUUUGCCGGACUAAAUGGAGAAGCUCCCCGGAUAUUCCAUCUGGAGAGCACACAUUUUUGGACGUGAUCGACACCACGAGCUCGAAGAGGGGAGAAGUGAGGGUGAUCAUCGAGCUCAACUUCCGGGCCGAGUUCGAGAUGGCGAAGGCGAGCGACGAGUACGGCCGGCUCGUCCGCCGGCUGCCGGAAAUCUUCGUCGGGAAAAUCGAGAGGCUCGCCAGCGUGAUAAAGAUACUGUGUACGGCGGCGAAGAAGUGCCUGAGCGAGAAGAAGAUGCACAUGGGUCCGUGGCGGAAGCACCGUUACAUGCAGGCCAAAUGGCUGGGGACUUGUCGCGACAGGAAGACGCCGUCGCUAAUGAGUUCCUCGCCGUCGUCGUCGGGUAGUGAUUUUGCGGCGGCGGCGGGGUGCAUGGGGAGGCGGAAGGCGCGGUCGUCGAUGCUGACGGUGGAUUUGCUGGACAUGUUGCCCAAUAUGCACUGCACCGCCGUGGGAGUCAUGUGAUUGAUUUUGUUUUUUUUUUUAAUCUUAAAAGCCAGUGAUAAUUAUGGGUUUGGUUGAGAGAGAUGAAUAUAUAGCGGAGUUUUCUUUGUCUUCUAGUUCAAAAGUGUUGGUGUAAUAUAUUGUAAAAGGGUUUGAAGAAUAUAAUGGCCUAGAAUUCAAAAGCAUCGUCUUUUUUUUUUUUUUUUUUUUAGUGUUGAAACAUAUCUAUCGUGGACAAUUUGAUCACAAAAAUCUUCUACUAAAAGUUAAAUCAAUAUAUAAAAUAUUAUACUUUUGAUUUUUUUCAAUACCAUUUUAAUACGAUUUUACAAUUCGUAAUAUUUUAUAUUCAUUGUUGGAUCAAGAGUGGCAAAAAGGGAUAGAUAGACCUAACAUGCUAUACGUUUUCCUCGACCUUAAAUAAAAAUAUAAUGCUAGGGUUUGAUUUGUCCUCGUCGUCAUAACCAGCUAGAUAGUUUGCAUUUUUCCCCCCCGAUAAGUAGUUUGCAUGUUUAGUAUUGACUAGUUGAACCCUUUUUUUGUGUAAUUAGAGCAGGCAUUAGUUGUCCUAGAGGAGGUCUUGGGGAGGAGGACCUCAACCAACUCCUCCGUCAGUCUUUGAUAUUCCCUGCGAAUAACCUGGUCCGGAUGCACUCCUGUUUUCACUUUUCUUUCAACUCCGCUUGGUGAUCGCUCAUGGCUAAAAUAGGUUGGUCCAGAGCAAUGACUACGCCUUCCCCAUUUAAAAAAGCGACCAUUUUGGAUCAUUUGGGCCAGUAUGUAGCGGCCCAUAUUAAUUUGGGCUGGACUCCUCUCCAGGUUCCCUACUGCCGAAACUUGGGCCGUCUUCCAGCAGGAAUGGAGAGUGGGGUGAAACUAUAACCUGAAUGUUACGGCAAGCAACACCCACACCUUUUUGCUUCCUUGAGGGACAAGCGUGAUUCAGAAACCGUCAUGCAAAAGCAAACCGUACGUACGUAGACAACAAUAAAAGGUAUUGAAUCAGAUGCAUGCAUAGAAAGGAUAGCAAAACUGUUCCGAGUAGUAGGUUGUAUCAGAAAGGUAUGUGGGUUUAAAUUAUAGGUUAAUCGUGAUUCAACCAUUUUAUAUCGCUAAAAUCAUCGAUUUUGUUUCUGAUAGGAGAUUUUAUCGAUCGGACUGUCUGUGUGGCGCUGUACGUACCAUAUGCUUUACAAACACUAAUGCAUAGUAACUAGUAAGGUUUGUGCUUGCCAAAAAUUUUACUCGCGAGUAAUGUAACCUGUUAAUGGCCUAGUGGUACCAAUAUUAAAAUCUAAAAAGAAAUUCUCAAAAUUGUAGUCAAAGAAAUAGUUAUACAUAUGUUGUUUAUUCAUUCAUUGCAAAUUAUAAUAAUGUGAUCCCAAGAACAUUAUGAAACUUGCCGUUUUAUUUUAUGGAUUUAUAAAUGGUAAACGGAAAACGACAACGAUUAAUAGAUUUGUCACGACUGUUUUUCUGUGGAUCGGGAAAAUUGGAUGAUUCGACAAUGCAAGAAAAUGAAAGCACAAACACAACACAUUACGCGAUUUACGUGGUUCACUAACACGAUGUGUGUUAGCUAGUCCACGGGCAGGAGAUAGCCAGUUUCACUAUACUUCGAGGAGAUACAGAUUACAAAGGAGUAUGAGAAGUAUUUAUAGUACUUCUCCUAGGUCUCACUCUCACCCUAAUCAAACCUGGUAAAGGAAAAACCGUUACAACCAGGUCAAGAUAUUGAACCCAAAUAACAUUGAGCCCAUACAGUGUAAAACGGGACUUGCAGUCGUAAAGGUUGAUAGUCCGAUUCAAGUCACAUCAAUGAGACUUUAUAGUUUAUACUACUACUACUAACCUGGCGAGUAUCUAAAAGGAAAGCCGAAUUCCCAUAGUUCCCAAGAUCCAAAUAUGCCGAGUAUUUGCAGCCGUGUGAUUUGAUCCGGUCGUUGCCAACAGAACCGAGAUCGUUGAUAUUACAGAGCGAAGAAAAAACUGUGAUUUUC